AGGGUGACAGACAGACGCAAAGCAAGACAAGACUCAAAGCAACCGCGGUUUAAUAAAAGAAAACAGUAUUUAUUCGCACCGUAUUAAUGUAACAUUUUAAGCAUGGCCGCGGAGUUUUUAGUGAUGUUGUAUGAAUACUCUCCUCUCUUUUAUAUUGCUGUUAUAUCAUUGUGUUUCAUCAUCACUGUGGCGGUUGUGUUGGGCUGGUUUGGGUUUGAUGUUCCAGUCAUUUUGCGCAGUUCAGAUGAGUCUGAAUCUGUCAUUCCUGUGCCUGAGAGGAAGAUGGUGCAGGUGAUCAAUCCCUUCGCCUUGGAGGUCAACUCUACUUCUGCUUCAGUAACCGAGGGUGUGAGUUUGCUGCCAUGCUGUCUUGAAGACUGUGUCCUGAGCUGUUUCUGGGGCUGUGGAGUCCAGGCUCUUCAGACGGCCCUUCAGAGUCACCAGCUUGAGCUACGGUUCAACACUGCAGAACUGUUUCAAGAGGCUCUGGGGUCGAGUUGCCGUCACCACCAAACAUUCAAUGUACAGAAAGAAGAAAGGGAAGAAUAUUUCACCCAGAUGCCACCAGCUCUUGAAGUAACAGAUUUUGGGCUGCUUCCUCGGGAUCGAUACCCAUUGGUGGCUGUGCUGACACUAGCCCAUCCGGAAACCAGGGAUAACUACAACAUUGCAUCUAGUGUGACUGUGAUCCACGUUCCUGAUGACAAGUACAGGCUCUCCACCAGAAUCUUGUUCCAGUAUCUGCUCACAGCACACGGGACCUUGUACGAUCUGAAGCCUCUAUUCAUGUCAGCAGACAACAGCAACUUAUCUGGAAGCUCUGAACCUUCUCGCACUCAAGGGGCGGAGCUACAGCCAGAAAGCUCAGGUGAAAAGGGGGAGGAGUCUGAUUCAGAAGGGGAGUGGCCUGAUAUUCAAGGGCGGGACUGUGUGGUGUGUCAGAAUGCAUCAAUAAACAGAGUGCUUUUGCCAUGCAGACAUGCAUGUGUAUGUGACGGCUGUGUGUGCCGCUUCCAGCACUGUCCGAUCUGCCGUGCGUUUGUCUUUGAAUCAUUUGCUCUGGCUAACCGACCUGCUCAUAAUGAUGAUGAAGAUGAAGAGGAUUUUACCGAUUGAAAUUGUGUGAAGAUGCAGUAUUAAAAGCCUUAGCUUGGAAGCAUAAACAUGAAGAAGAAACAUUGUAGCAUCUCUAUAUUGUAAAGAGAUGCAGGCAGCUGACCUGAAAAUAUGGACACCUCUAGCGUUAUUUCAAUUUUAGACUUCUUUGACCUGAGUGUGCUUGUGAAAUGUGCUUAAGAUAGAGAUUUUAAGCUGUAUAGUUUAUUUAUUUAUUUUUAAUAUAUAUAUGGUAAACUAA